GGAAGCGGAAGAGGAGGAGGUGGAGGCGAUCAGUUGCGAGGCGGCAGACGAGGCGGCGGACAGCGACGAAGGGUUGGGCGAGGAUCCGGCCAGUGAGUUGGCUCCUGAAGCCGGCCUGCUCGUGUCGCCAACCAGCGAGUGCCACGAGACGGCAGCGCUGACCGCCAGCCUCCAACUCAGCGCCAGCAUGAGCACCAGCGGACUGGCCAGCUCCCUGUCGCCGGGCACAUGUUCCGCCGAGGCUGACGCGGUUGCCAUGACGUCGAUUGUGGCUGUCGAAGGUGAGCUGGGUCCGGCAGACGAUCUGUUGUCGGAGGAGAAUGAGUUGAGUGAAGCCGAUGCCUUGGCCGUGACGCAGGCGCCAUUUUCUGUCUCUCUCACCAACCAAGAGAUGCUAGACAGUCUGCCCGACAUGGACCAAUCGAAAGAGGUCGCCCAUCUUCACGGCGACGCCGACGCUGUUGCCAACCGUCACGGCCGCGAGCGCGACCUUGCCAGCUACGGCUACGGCGCGGCUGACACGGACGGCCACGUCGACGUCGACGUGGACGCCGACGUCGACGAGGAGAGUCAACAGUUGGCCGAGUUGCCGUCGCUGUCGGAGGUGCAACGCGAAGUGAACGACGAGGUGGUGGCGGCCGAACGGCGACGCGUCGUUUCCGAAGAGGACGAGACCGACCUGCAGGCGACCGAGGGCGAGAUCGACGAGCUGGACGAGGCCGACGUCGAGCUGGGUGGCGAAAUGAGUGCCGUUGAAAAGGCCACUUUCGACGAGUUGUACGCCGAGUUGGUGAGCCGCUAUCUGCCGCGCGACUACCAUCGUCUCUCGGCUUCGCAUCGAGCCGGGACUCUGCCUCGCAACCGAACGUCCGGCUAUGACGCUCUGUCGCCGGACGCUGUCAAGGCGCGCGCCGCGACUUUGGAGCCGAAUCUGCGUCCACGACGCGCCAAGCGAGCUCGUCUUCUGCCGCAGUUGAGCGUGAAUGAUGAUCACCUCUUCCCGGAGUCGGUGACCCCGUCGAAGGUUGACCCGAACCUGAUUGUGGUACCGGCGCCGCCGGAGCUCGAGUCCGGCUUGACGGGGGCUGUGUCG